UGCAACGUGUAGUAUUUCCGCCCGAUAGACAGGAGCUUUCUUUUUACUUCUUUCGAGGAAACAACAAGCAACAUGAGUUCCCUCAAGCUCCAAAAGAGGCUGGCAGCCUCGGUUAUGCGAUGUGGCAAAAAGAAGGUCUGGUUGGAUCCGAAUGAAAUUAACGAAAUCGGAAAUACCAAUUCUCGUCAGAGCAUUCGUAAGUUGAUCAAGGAUGGUUUGAUCAUCAAGAAGCCGGUGGUUGUACACUCGCGCUUCCGUGUCCGCAAGAACACGAUUGCUCGGCGCAAGGGUCGCCACUGCGGCUACGGUAAGAGGAAAGGUACGGCCAAUGCGCGUAUGCCGCAGAAGUUGCUGUGGAUGAAUCGUAUGCGUGUGCUACGUCGCCUGCUGAAGAAGUACCGAGAGGCGAAGAAGAUCGAUCGUCAUCUGUAUCAUGACCUGUACAUGCGUGCAAAGGGUAACGUGUUCAAGAACAAGCGCAUCCUGAUGGAACAUAUCCACAAACGUAAGGCCGAGAAGGCUCGCAGCAAGAUGUUGAACGAUCAGGCUGAGGCUAAGCGUAAUAAAGUGCGUGAGGCCCGUAAGCGCCGCGAGGAACGUAUCGCUAACAAAAAGCAGGAACUUCUUCAGAGCAUUGCCAAGGAGGAGGAAAGUGCGCAGCAGGUUGCGACUACCGGUAAGAAGUGAAGUGGAAGAACUGAGUGCAUUGUGUGAGGACCGCCGUAUUGAUAAGGAAUAUCUAAACACGAUAUAAAAAUACCAGAAAACCGCUGGCUGGAAGAACUAUCUUUAAAAUCAACAAAUCUUUUGUGAAUGAUUUUAAAUAUAUUGCUUCGAAAAAUAA